GGCGACAAACCACCGUGUCGCAUGCCGACCAGUUGUCCGACUGGUAAAAUCCCAGUUGAUACCAGAGUUAGCUAUUGCCAAACUAUCGCCAAGACCAUUUCUUUUGAGUCCCUUUAGCUAACAGCGUCGGAGUUGGCAGUGGGAAAAGUCACAAUGUUACAUUACGGACAUUAGGUUGGGUGUGCUGUAAAGACUGGAAUGACGGCCAGAGUUUGAGGGAGGUGGCAGUUGAACGUCUGACCUCACCUCUCCCCUUACACCAAUGUUCUCCCCGGACCAGGAGAAGAUCUCCUCCUCCUCUUCUGCCUCCACCAAAGGAGCAGUCAAAUAUGGGGAGCUCAUCGUGCUAGGGUACAACGGCUCCUUGCCCAAUGGAGACAGAGGGAGGCAGAAAAGCCGCUUCGCUCUGUACAGGAGGCCCAAGGCCAACGGAGUGAAACCCGGCACGGUGCACACAUCCUACACACCUCAGGCCGCCCAGGCUAUAAGCAACAAAGACCAGCAUAGUAUAUCCUACACCCUGUCCAGGGCACAGACGGUGGUGGUGGAGUACACACAUGACAGCAAUACCGACAUGUUCCAGAUUGGACGUUCUACAGAGAGUCCCAUUGACUUUGUGGUGAUGGACACAGUCCUCAGCAGCCAUGGCGACAACCAGUCUGUCCAGAGCACCAUCUCCCGCUUUGCCUGCCGCAUCCUGUGCCAGAGGAGCCCACCUUACAACGCCCACAUCUACGCUGCCGGAUUUGACUCCUCCAAGAACAUCUUCCUUGGGGAAAAGGCUGCUAAGUGGAGGAAUCCAGACGGACAGAUGGAUGGACUGACCACAAACGGUGUUCUUGUAAUGAACCCCCAUCACGGUUUCACGCAGGACUCCAGACCGGGCCAGUGGAGGGAAAUCUCUGUCUGUGGUAACAUCUUCAGGCUCAGGGAGACCCGGUCAGCACAGCAACGAGGCAAGCUGGUGGACACAGAGACUCAGGAGCUGGUAGAUGGCUCAUUGAUUGAUCUGUGUGGUGCCACCCUCCUGUGGCGCACAGCUGAGGGCCUAGGGCACACCCCGACUGUUAAACACCUGGAGGCUCUGCGACAAGAGCUGAAUGCCGGGCGACCCCAGUGCCCAGUGGGCUUCAACACGCUAGCCUUCCCCAGCUUGCGUCGUAAGGAGGUGCUGGAUGAAAAGCAGCCUUGGGUGUACCUGCGAUGCGGCCAUGUGCAUGGAUUCCAUGGCUGGGAGGGGCAGCGCAAUGGCGAGGUGGAGGCGGAGGGUCGUGAGCGUGAGUGUCCCAUGUGUCGGUCACACGGCCCUUACGUGCCACUGUGGCUGGGCUGCGAGGCAGCCUUCUACGUGGACACCGCUGCACCCACCCAUGCCUUCGUCCCCUGUGGCCAUGUUUGCUCGGAGAAGACUGCAGCCUACUGGAGCCAGACUCUAUUGCCCCAUGGCACGCACACCUUCCACGCCACCUGCCCCUUCUGUGUCCAGCUGCUGGAUGGGGAAACUGGCUACGUGAGACUAAUUUUCCAAGGGCCCCUGGACUAGACGAAAGAAAACCUGUCGACAAAAAUACAGAAAAAACAUCAGCCGACUAAAAACCCUUGCCUCACAAAGACAGGAAAGAGAGAAUGAAUGAAGGAAAAGAUGUGGAGCACAAAGUUAAUAGUAACAAUAAUGUGAUAGUUUCAGCACUGUCGAAACAUUAGUUUACUGUUCGCACCUAUUAAAAGCUUGUUACCAUUAACCAUGUGCUCCAAAGCCUGUAGAUAUUUUAUUUAAAUGCCCAGGCCAAGUGGGAAACACUGUAUGCUUAGAGGUUUUUAAUAUUGUUAACUUAAAUAUUCCUUGGAGAGCAAUAGAAUAUAUUUUUCCUUUUCUCUAAAAAAAACAAAAAAACAAGUGACCUUCUUUUUGUUUGAGCACACAGUAUUUAUAUUUUCAUGUGUAGAAUACUAGAACAUUAUGCUAACGUAAAAGGUUUUGUCUGGUAAACUUUCUAUUGCUGAUUUGUAACUUGGAAAAAAAGAAUAUGGGAUGAUAUAUGUGUGUAUGGCAAUAUUUGUAAUAACUUUUACAUAUAGCUAGAAAAAUAGGUAGAUGAUAAAUAGAUAGAGAUUUAUAACAAUAUGAAAACAGCAAAAUCAUGAAUGACCUCACCUUUAGAUCUUCCAUCAAUGUUGCUGCAUAGGAAAGAAUACACGAGUAAUGCUUCUCAAUCAAGUGCUCGCUGGAACAUGUUUCGCCAUCUUAAUUGUCAAAAUUACUGUCUUAGAUAUUUUCACCCUGUGGCACCACUCAGUAUUCUCUGCUGAAGACCGUGUACCCCUGCUGGUCGAUGCACAGCCUGAUGCUUGUUAUGAGUGUAACAAGUUAAACUGACAGAUAGAUGGUAGGGAUGACUCCAACCAGUGUUUAGAAUUAAUGCAAUGGAGAUGAAAAGCUGCUACUCCAUGGCAGCAUUUUUUUUUCUUUAACAGCCAACCUGAUCCACUACCAGCCUAUUCAUUCUUCACUCUGGAAAAGCUUCCCAGCUAAAUGCUGAAAAUAUACAACAUGAGCAAUUCUGGGUUGAAACUGUCAGUCUAUCAGUAGACGUUGGCAUGUAUUUAAAUGCAUUAAUGAACCAAGGCAAAGUUUGCCCUACCAAGUUGAAAAAUGUGUCCUCUACCUGAUGUAUUUACUGACCUGACACAGGGCUUCAGAAUAAAAAUUUCUAUGUGGUUUUACCAGGUUUAGGAUGACCUUGGUAACUGUGUCAUUAUAUUUCAUACAAUUUCACAUUGAAGCUAUUUGAAUCUGACUGACUUGACCUCAUUUUCACGAUUUCUCAAGUUUGUCUUAUGUGCCUUUGUCAUUUUGUGGCCUUGAGACCUAUGCAGAAAUACAAGCAAGCCUAACUGUUGCCACACUGCAUACUGCAAAUUUUUUGUAAC